ACCGACGACCACCAUGUCAUUCUGUAUCCCGCGCAAAGUUAUCCUCACGAAGGAACACCUCGAGCACUUCCAGAACUCGCAAACCCACAAGGACAUUGUAUCGUAUAUCGAGACACUCAACGAGGCCGUGGUCGGCGUGCAGCUGACCGAUCAGUGCACCGAGUCUCCCGGUGUGCGAGCGAUCGUUGGCGUGCUUGAUGAGGUGGAGAAGAUUGCUAAGGCCACGCCGCCCGUGGACAAUAAGGCGUCGCGCUUUGGGAAUCCCGCAUUCAGGACGUUUUAUGACAAGGUUGCUGAGGCUGCACCAUCUCUGCAUACGAAGUUGCCCGGCUUGUCUCAGCAGGCGAUACCCGAGCUUGCUGUGUACUUUGGUGAAUCAUGGGGCAACCGAACAAGGAUUGACUACGGAAGCGGCAUGGAGCUGAACUUUCUGUGCUGGCUCAUUUGCCUUGAGCGGUUAGGGAUUGUGCAAGAAAGCGAUCACGUUGCGCUUGUGAUCCGAGUACUUUGGAGAUAUCUGCAAGUUAUGCGAGUGUUGCAAUCGACCUACUGGUUGGAGCCUGCAGGUUCGCACGGCGUCUGGGGCCUGGACGACUACCAUUUCCUGCCCUUUUUGUUUGGGUCUGCGCAACUGCGAGGACAUAAGUACAUCAAGCCCAAGGCAAUCCACGAUAGCGAAAUCGUGGACGAGUAUGCGAAGCACUACCUGUACUUUGCAUGCAUCAAAUUCAUUAACCAGGUGAAGACGGCCUCGCUACGGUGGCAUUCGCCCAUGCUUGAUGACAUCUCUGCCGUAAGGACGUGGGACAAGGUGAACUCGGGCAUGAUCAAGAUGUAUCUCGCGGAGGUGCUCGGAAAGCUGCCGGUCAUGCAGCACUUUCUCUUUGGAUCGAUUCUUUCGUGGGACGGCCCAAUGCCCCCGCCGCGGAGCGAGGUCGAGGAAGACGACGCGCACUUGGGCCACGCGCACCCAGACCUCGGGGGCGCUGGCCAGCGCGAGGUGGGGUGGGGCGACUGCUGUGGAAUACCUGUGCCGUCUGUGUUCGGGGCGGCCGCCGCAGAGAAGAGCAAGGAGUCAGGCGGGAGGCUGUCAGGACCAGGGAUCAGAGCGGUUCCGUUUGACUGAACUGGUGUGUAAUGUACUGAUAGUCAGUGAUAGAAGACCCGCAGACUGUACAUGUAAUAUUAAUGGUAUCAUCUCGAGGUCCACUGGAUCCAUGUUUGAAAGCUGC